ACUGCACUUUACUUCAAGUUAAAGUGCAGGAGAAUAUAGCUGUCACAUGACCAGAACCACAUUUUAGGUAAACUGCUUUGAUUGAAUCUCUCAGCUGGACUUCACCCUCAUUCAGUCUUGAAGUGAUUUAAAUAAAAGAGAGAUAUGGCUUUACACAGCUCAUAUCUCAAUUCUCAUGUGGGUUUAUCUGACUUGACACAGAUAAGUGGGAGAUAGGUGUCUGUCUCUGUGAUGUGAACCUAAGGCUGAAGUCCAGCUGUGACUGGGCAGGAGAAACUGUGAGAGACAACCAGUAAUUCAGUGAACUCUGAAUCUGGACUCAGCGGUCGACCGGCUUGUUUGCAUUCUGCUGCUUUUCAUUCAGUAAGCAGAAGGGGAAAAAACAUUCUUCUAUCUUGUGUUGCCUUAUACAGGUGGCUCUGCUGAAGGUAAACUUAUAUUUUCACCAUCACUUUAUUUCAUGUAUUUAUUUAUCCAAGAUAUAGUUUUAACAUGUUUCUCCUUAAAUUUAACAAAUACGAAAACUAUUGUACUGUGGUAACAAAACACUAUUGGUCUGAUAGCCAAAAACGGUGAAGGAUGAAGUGUUGCUGGCUGCUGGCAAUACUACUGCAGCUGCUGCUGAGUGUGGCUGGAGUUGACAUGGAGCAUCUCCAAGCUGAAAACCUGAAUCUGCUUUCCCCAGAUCAGCACAAUUCAGUCCUGAACCAUGGAAUGAGAGUGCUGCCCAGAGACUGUCAUGAAAUGUUAAUGACCUCUUCUGGUCAGGCCAGAGAUGGAGUGUACCUCAUCCAACCAGGAGGCUCCCCCAUCGUAGCUUACUGUGCUAUGCAGGAGGGAGGCUGGACCGUGGUGCAGCACAUCACUGUCAACAGCAGUGUCAACUUUGACUGUACCUGGGCUGAGUACAAGCAGGGAUUUGGGGAUGUCACUGGAGAUCACUGGCUCGGGAAUGAAUACCUUCAUCAGCUCACCCGUGGCCCUGGGCGAUAUAAGCUGGGAGUUAAACUAGUGGACCGGGAUGCUGUCACUAAGAUGGGAGAGUAUGAUCCAGUCCUGGUGGAGGAUGAGGCGUCAGCAUACAGGCUGAGGCUGGGGUUGUUUCAGGGCACAGCGAUAGACGCCCUGACUCUGGAUACAGAAAAUUACCUGCAUGACAACCAAAAAUUCACCACUAAAGACAGGGACAAUGACAACUACUUUCAGAACUGUGCCAAAUUGGAGUUCCAGGGGGUGGCAGGAGGGGGCUGGUGGUACGACGCCUGCGCCGGUGCCAACCUCAACCGCAGAAAUGUCAUCUACUGGCAGAAGGACUGCAACAAGGAGAGACUGUGCAAGUAUGCAUGGAUGAUGGUGAGGCCAUCAGAUACAUUUAAACUGAUUCCCAGUGGAGACUGCAAAAAGGACGAGCUUUAACACCACUGUUUUGGAUUUUCUGCAUUGUGAGACACUUGGAUUAUCUGUCAAGGUUGAUCUUAUCUAGUUUUUAGGGUUUCUAUUCACUUCACACUGUGUCACACUUCUCUUCCUCAGUAAUCUAAAAUCUAUUUCUGUUAUUAGUCAGUUAACCACAUUUUAUUCAUAAAUGCAUGGACAUAAUCACAAAAUACAAAAAGAAACAACCCGGAAACACAGUAUAAAAAUGCAGUACAGUUUUAGCUUUAGCUUUCAUCAUACGUCAUGUCAGUACACAAAGCAAAGCAUCUCUUUCAUUCUCAUUUGCAAGUGCAGAUUUCUGGUUUAUCACAGUUACAACAAAGUGUUUCUUGACAAUAUAGCUUAUGACACUUGUAAAAUAUCUUUUGCAUGUCAUCUUCCAUCCAAUGCAUACAGAUAUAUGAAAAGAACAUUUCACAAACAGGAUUUUUUUUAACCACAGUACGUUACAAGUUUGCCAGAAUACAGUGAAGAUAACAUGGUAGUAAUUCAGAGAAAACAAAUGAAAUUUCAAAUCAGUGCU